AUGAAAUCAGUAUACGUUGCUAACUUGUUGACAGUUUUGUUAGCCGCGGUCCAGGCAGGUCCAGAGACACGUAUCAUAGGAGGUGUGAAAGCCGAUAUGGGAGAGUGGCCCUGGCAGCUGGCGUUGUAUGUUGGGGGUAGGUUCAACUGUGGUGGAUCCAUUGUCGCAGCCACCUGGGGCCUCACUGCGGCCCACUGUGUUGGAAGCCUUCCAAGCAUCUAUCAGAUCGUCGCCGGGACAAACACGAACAACAUCAACUGCACGGCAUCCAACUGCAUCGUCAGGAGGCUAACAAACGCCACCAGGCACCCAAAUUUCACUGCGGUCGCACCGCUGGGCUACCCCAACGACGUGGCAUACAUGGCCUGGGAAACCCCGAUAAAGGAGGGAGCGAGUGGGAACAUAACGGUGAGGUACGCGAGGAGGGCCACCACGGAUCAUCAGGUCGGCAGGAAUUGCUACAUCAGCGGAUGGGGAAGGCAAUACGACCAGGGUCCGGCCGCUGUCGACCUAAUGGAAGCAAGGGUGGAUGUUAUAACGAAGGAGGAAUGCAAGAAAGUGUGGAGGAACAUGGUUUCUGACAGUCAGGUCUGCAUCCGAGAUUCCAAGAAUUUCUCCACGGGACCAUGCGAUGGUGAUUCCGGUGGGCCGUUGGUCUGCGAAGUUUCUCCAAAAAAUUGGGAGUUAGUAGGAGCCAGUUCGUGGGGGGUGGCCAGGUGCAACACCUCCUACCCAGCCGUUUAUACGAGGAUUUCAUCGUUCAAUAGUUGGCUCGAUAGUCAGGCAAGACCCAAACAAUGAUGACGUUGAUGAAGAAGAUUCAAGAAAUUUAAUUUAGAAUUUAAAUUUAUUUUGUGAUGUUCUUGUUUGGAAUGAAUAAAAAAUGGCGAGCA